UCGACGUCAGUGAUCACGUGUCCUCUACUACGAUUCGCUGAAGUUGGAGAAAAGUUUGACAAGCCCGAGGACAGCUGCAAAAGUCAAAGGACAGGAGGCACAUAAUCGAUACCAACGGCCCUUUUUUUAUCCGGACAAACGAUGGGAUCUGUCGCCCAGAAAGUGCUGACUUCGGGAUUCAGUCUUGACUUAGGACCUCUGAAAGAGCCUUUGGCAUUCAUCCGUGUGCUAGAAUGGGUGUUCUCCAUAUUUGCCUUUGCGACGACUGGAGGUUACAGCGGUACAACCAGCAUCAACAUCCAGUGCAAUGGGAGUGCCAUUCAAGAAGUAACGGCAGACUUUAACUACCCAUUCAGGUUGAUGGAGCAUCCGUAUAAUGUCCCAAACUGCUUAAGCAGUCCUACUACCACCACCGUUUUCUAUCUGACUGGAGACCACAGAUCCUCUGCACAGUUUUACGUCUGUAUUGGAGUGUUUGCCUUUCUCUACAGCACUGCCACACUGGUCCUCUACUUGGGCUACAAUCACGUAUAUAGAGAAUCUAGUCGUGGCCCCGUUGUUGACCUGCUGGUGACUGCGGCCUUUGCCUUCUUGUGGUUGGCAUCAUCUUCUGCUUGGGCUAAAGGCUUGUCCGAUGUGAAGUGGGCCACCAGUCCUUCAACCAUUCUUAAUUCUAUUGAUAUUUGCAAGGUUAGCAGCAGCAGCAACAAGUGUUCUCCAGGUGCUGUCCCUCACAUGGGCCGACUAAACGCCUCUGUGAUUUUUGGAUUUCUUAACCUCAUCCUGUGGGGUGGCAACUGCUGGUUCAUUUAUAAGGAAACACAUUUCCACAAAUCAGCCAACCAGCCUGCAGAUGUGGAAGGGGGAGUUAGGCCUUCAUAACCACCCAGCUUCCUCAUUUCACAAUUGUCUAACAUGUAGUGUUACUGAGUGAGUCGUUUCGGUACUAAUCAUUCAAAGAUGAAUCCUGUCGAAUGCAAGGUAUACAUCUCUAAAACUGACUGCUUCUUUUUUGCUCUGUAUUAGUUUUAUAUUUAGGGCUGUAUUAUCUCAAAUACAUUUCAGGAAGGAACUAAAAUGUGAUAUUUUCACAGUCAAAAUCAAUAUGGGAAAUUGCAGCAGUCAAAAAUGUUAUUCUCAUAGAUGCUCAGUUUGCAUGUUUUUACAUAUUCAUGCACAAGUAUCUAACUGCCCCUUAUCUGAAAUGCAACUGCGGAUGUGGACUGUACAGCCUUGUUGAUGAUAAAUCAAAAUGACACUUAAUUUUGUCAACCUGUUAACUGCCAUCUGUACCGCACAUCAUUCUGCCAUCAACAUUUACAAACAAACAAACAAAAAUACUCAGGGCUAUUGAGUGUAUGAAUUACAAAAUACCUAAUAAAUAGUAAAUAUUGUGCCUUAAUUAUUAACACAAGUCAGUGCAAUCAUAAAACAGCAAUAGGCAUAAAAAGUGAAGUUCCAAUGAAUUCAUGUUAAAUAGUUCAUUGGAAAAAAUAAUUCCGUUGCCAAUAUGAGAUUAUUAAUGAUCUUUUUUUGUGUUACAUUGCACCUCAUCACCUCAACUAUGUAAGGCUAGAUUUGCUGUUUUAGCCUAGCACCUGAAUAUAAUGUUGAAUGUAGUUGAUUUAUCCAUUUAGAGCAUGUUUGCUCUUUUAUGAAUUUUACAUUUAAAAUUAUUACACUUUUAUUAGGUAGAAUUUGUGAUCUGUUUCCUGAAAAGGACGUGUUUGUUUUUUGAACAAAUAUCUAAACGAAGGAAUUACCCCAGAAAACUCCUGUACUUUCAACUGUAUAGCUGUAGCUAGUUGUUGGUUGUUGAUAUCUAACCUUUUUAUUUAUAUUUUCUUGCUUUGCCUGGCUUCUACCUCCUCUUUAUUACAAGGAAAGGCAAGAUGUGUUUCUCUAUUUCUGCCAAUAUUAUGAUUUCCUACUUUGAUUGACCCUUUCUUGAUCCACCACUGUAAUAAAGUGUCACAUAGAUGAGACUGGUGUUCCUAUUACAGUGCAGGAAGAUGCUUUGUGAACAUGAAAUGCCAUUCAUCAUUAAAAGGAAGAGCUGGA